AUGGGCUGCCAGGGGCCUGGCCCAGCAUGGUCCCGUGCUGCAGCGCUGCAGCAGCGAGGCAGUCGAGCAGCACGAGGCGGCCGUCCCUCGGGCCAUCGACCAAGGCAGCGUGGCAGCCACAAGGGGGGAAGAGGGACGUGGCCGCUAGUGGUGGCGCCCAAGGACAGCGCCCGAGGGGCAGAGCGACCGCCCACAGUCGCCCAAUGCCGCAAGGUGGUGCAAGCAGCAAGGCACGGCAAGGGCAGCCGGCCAACGUUGGAAACGACGAAACUGAGGAAUGCCUAUGAAAGAAAAGGGAGAAGCGCUCCUGCUGCCCCGGUCCCCCGUCCCCUCGCCAUGCCCGGCGCCCCCGUGCCCGCAGACCCCCCCCUCGCGACUCCCUGGCGGCGGUACCACGGGCCCGUGCAGAUCCCCUGGGAGUGCGGCUGCGGCUUCACCGCCGGCACCGAGCGGGCUUUCCUGCGGCACACCGCCGCAAGCGCCGGCACAGCCACCGCUCCAGCCACGCACCACGCCACAAUGCUGCCCCGCGGCUCGGCCCCAGCCUGUGCCGCUUCCGAUGCGGGCGCCUCGGCCUGCCCCGCCGCAGGCUGCCCUUGCUGCGCAGCGGAGGAGCAGCUGGACGGCCUAUGGACGGAGGAGGCAACGGCAGGGGGCUACUAUGCGCGCGUCAAUCCAGAGCUUAGGUCCGAGACUGUGGUGACCAACGGGGCUGAGCCAGUGCAAGCAGAUGCGGUGCGCGGGAGAAGCGGGCAGCCAGACGAGGCGCCGUCGCCAGAGGGGACGCAGGAGAAAGGGGUAGACGGCGCCAUCGACGACGUGCAGCGAGACAAGGGCAUCGGGGAGGGAGGGCCUCUAGCGAGCAGCUUCUUCCGGAGCCAGGCCAGGCAGGGGCCCAGCCAAUGGAGGCCGGCGCUGCGCAUGAUGAGCGUCGGGCAGGAUGACGAGCGGCAGGAGGAGAAGGCCUCGGCGCGCGCGGUGCGGGAGGCGACUGCCGCGCGGGCGGACGAGCACGACGACGGGGUGGGCCAGCGCAGCGGGGAGGGCGGGAUGCGAACGGCACGGGAGCUCCUCAAGUGCGGCCAGGGUCGCGAAGCAUUCACUCGGCAGGGCCCAAAGCAGGCGGCGGUUGACUUGCGCAGAGACGGAGACACUAGCGAGCACACAGACAACGGGUAUACAGGCGAUGGCCUCGAAGGGCCAGAUUCCUUGACAACGAGGCAAGCAGUGCUCAGCCGUUCAGAGAGCUGCACACCGUGUGCAGAGGCAAGUGCGAAAUCCUCGUUGGAGCCUGCAGGCUCCGCACUUGCUGAAGGAACGAACGAGCCAGCCACGUGGCAGGACAAAGAGGUCGACACGAAGUGGUCGCCCGAGGGGCAUGCCGGCGCCGGCGGUGCUGCCCCCUC